AGCAGUAGUAGUCUCUCCCAAGAGACCUAUCGAUCCAUCUCCUUCUAGCUAGCUAGGAGUCUUUGUUUAUAGAGCAGGCCAGAGACCAGUAUCACACUGAGCUAGUACCUUUGCCCAGCUUCAGGCCGGCUUAUUCGAUCCCCCGAUCACCGAAGAUGGCUGCCGUUGGGAGCCCUUUGAUCUUCGCUGUGGGCAUCGUAGGCAACAUCAUGUCGUUCCUGGUGAUCCUUGCGCCGGUGCCGACGUUCUACCGCGUGUACAAGCGCAAGUCGACGGAGUCGUUCCAGUCGGUGCCCUACGCCAUGGCGCUGCUGAGCGCAAUGCUGUGGCUCUACUAUGCGCUGCUCCACAAGGACCUCCUCCUCCUCACCAUCAACGUCGUGGGGACCGUCGUGGAGACCGUCUACCUUUCCAUCUACCUCGCCUACGCGCCCAAGCAGGCCAGGGCCUUCACCCUCAAGCUCGUGGGCACCAUGAACCUGGCGCUCUACGGGGCCAUGGUCGUCGUCCUGCAGUUCUGCAUCAGGGACGCCGAGACCCGCGUCACCAUCGCCGGCGGCAUCGGGUCUGCAUUCGCCCUCGCCGUCUUCGUCGCCCCUCUCGCCAUCAUCAGGCAAGUGAUCAGGACCAAGAGCGUGGAGUUCCUGCCCUUCUGGCUCUCCUUCUUCCUCACAAUCAGCGCCAUCGUCUGGUUCUUCUACGGCCUGCUCAUGAAAGAUUUCUUCGUAGCGACGCCGAACGUGCUGGGGCUGCUUUUCGGGCUGGCCCAGAUGGCGCUCCACCUGGUGUACAAGAACCCGAAGAAGAACGGCGCCGUGUCGGAGGUGCUGCCAGCGGACGCCGAGAAGGCGCAGGUACAGCUUCAGCAGCAACAGAAAGAGGAGGCGGCGCCCGUCGUUGUCGCGGCGACCGUCGGCGCCGACGGGGAGGUAGUGCAGGGCAGGGACGACCACGACGACAUGCGGCAGAGCGUGGCCGUCGUGGACAUCACGCUGCCGCCGCCCGAAGAGCACCCGGUGAUGCCGCAGCUCGAGCAGCCGGCGCCGCUGCCGCCCAUGAGGAUGGCCGUGGAGGUGGUCUGAUGGUCUUCUGCCUGUCGAUCGAUCUACCUACAUGACACUGACGACCUGACUUA